AAUCCAAAAUGUUAUGAAUAGAUCUGAGGCUAAGAAGAAAGUUAAUGUGACAUGGAGGCUGUUGAUGUAUUAAAAGGGGCAGUUUCAACGAUUGAUACAGCCGUCACAGUUUUGGGUUAUGAGAAGAAAGUAGGGGUCAAUAGUACAGGUGAAGUGAAGCAGGAGAUCACAACCAUACCGAAGGAAGUAUUUAUUCCCCUUCAGAAAUCAAUGGUUUUCCUAAGAAUCGGCGGACUGUCUGGUGCCGUGGCUGUAUCAAUGGCUAUGUAUGGAACUCAUGCCUUUAAAUAUCGAGAUAAAAACUGGAACCAAUUACAAAAGAUUUACGAGAAUGGGUACAAAAUGCAUUUGUUGCAUUCUGUAGCACUUACGUGCGCAGACCUUUGUAACAAACCCUUGACUGGCAGUUUGUUUACCCUUGGGAUCCUUCUGUAUUCCGGUAGCUGUUAUGCCCAUGGCUUAAGUGGGAACGCAAAGUUUGGAAUCAUCACCUAUUUUGGAGAAGUUGUUCUUAUUUCUGCUUGGUUCAGCAUGUUGAUCAAUUGAGAAAAAUGAACUCGCUGACGUUGUUAGGUCACCGAUGUCACAGUUAAGGAAAAAAAUGUGAAAGAUAAAACAGUCACAUUUAUAUAAAUAUUUGACUUCUGUUACUAAAAGAUUUUUUAAGCCCCCGUAUCGAAGAUUCGGGGGUAUAUAGUUUUUGCCCCUUCCGUCCGUCUGUCUGUCUGUUUGCCAGCAAAAACUUUAAUCUUGCCCAUAACUUUUGAUUGGUUGGAGCUAUGGCUUUCAUAUUUCACAUGUGUAUUUCUUGUGACAAGACCUUUCUUUGGGUACCAUUAUAUGUGACGUUUUGACCUUGACCUUUGAGUUUGACCAAUUUUUGCAAAAAAUUAUGAGACUUUAACCUUGGCCAUAACUUUUGAACGGUUGGUGCUAGAGCUUUCCUACUUCACAUGUGUAAUCCUUGUGACAAGACCUUUCUUUAGAUACCGACAACUUUGACCUUUUGAC